GGAAGAGCGACUGCCGUGGACAAGCCGGGAAGCGGCGGAGGAUGACGGACCGCACGAGCGAAUUCAGGACGCUCUGUCAGAGCCAGAGACCGCUGGUGGAGCACGUUGCGUCCAGGAAACAUAAGCCACCCUUGUCCGCACUCCAGCAGCAAGUCCACUUCAAUGCAUCUGCUUCGGAUAUCUCGAAAGACGUGAACAAGGUGUCCCAGCGACUGCAGCAACUAACUCUUCUCGUUCGGCAAACCAACAUGUUCAACGACCCGACCAGCCAAAUCAACGAGCUGACCCAGCUUGUCAAGCAAGACAUCACGCUCAUCCACACUAAGCUCGACGACCUCGAAUUGUUCCAGCAACGGCAACGCGCAGGCUAUUCGUCGCAGCACGCCGCCAAGCACUCGGACGCGAUCGUGACACAAAUGAAAAGCACAUUGAUGAACACGACGAAAGGAUUCAAAGACAUUUUGCAAGUUCGACAGGAGAACUUGCAGCAUCAACACGACCGCAAGUCCCAGUACGGGCGAGGCACGCCAAGUCUGCCGCUGGCCUUCAGCGCUCCAUUGCCGCGGCCAGUUGGUGUCGAUGGCGAGGGUGGAGGCAGCGAACGGGUUCCGCUGAUCUCUGAACAAAGCCAACAAUUCGUCGUGCCAGACCAAGGAUACGCCGACUCGCGGGCCGAAGCUGUGACGAAUAUCCAGUCGCACAUCGUCGAGCUCGGCGAACUCUUCCAGCGACUCUCGGUGAUGAUUAGUGCCCAGGGCGAAAGCGUUCGAAUAAUCGACGAAAACGUCGACGACGCCGUACGGAACGUCGACCAGGGCACGCGCCAGCUCGAGAUCUUCCGCAAUAAUCUCAGCAACAGCGCCCUCAUGAUGAAGGUCGGCGGCAUACUCCUCGUGUUUGUCGUGCUCUUCCUCUUCUUUAUGGCGUAAUAUAUAUAUACCAUUAGACGCGUCUUGCACGCAGCUGAUCGUCGUUCGCAACUUGCAUGACAGGUGAACAUUUGAUUAUGCUUAGGUUGAUUCGGCAGCGGGCUCGGCAUCGUCUCCCGGUAGGAAAAUGCCUCGUUCUCUCAACCACUUUCGUCCUACCGAGUUCUUGUCGUAAAGCACGCUGCCGGCCGCGACGGCAACCACAGUCGCGCCUUGGGCAACCACGCGAGCUCGCAUGUACCGUUGUUGUGUUCGCGAAUCGCCACCCACCAUGAAGGUACGCAUGCCACCGACGAGGACGACUGUAGUCAGGAGCGCCCCCACCGGGACAAAUGGGUUCUCCAUAAACUUGCGCUUGAGCUUGUCGACGCCGCUCUCUUGGUUCAUCGGACGGACGCGCUUCAGAUGCUUGGCCAACGACG